CAUCAAUAUAUAUAAUCGGCUAAUCAAUAUGAUUAGCCAAGCCUUUUCUUCCAGUUUACUCUCUUUCAUGGUAUCAGAUACCUCAAUCUUUUGAUUGAUUUUUUAAUCGAUCCCACCCAAUUCAAUCAUGCCGUCAUCUAGUACCUCUGGCUCUCAUCUCAUUCCUACCCAGCAGGAUCUCCCGCAGCUAAUCUCCCUCAAUGCUUCCACUCAGAUUCCUGUAAAAUUGUCCAAAGAUGGCAGCAACUUUUCCUCUUGGAAAUCUCAACUUACCAAUCUUUUGUUCGGAUACAAUCUCCUUGGUUAUGUUGAUGGUUCUACACCUUGUCCCGCCUCCUCCGAUGCCAAUUAUUCCUUUUGGCAGCGUCAAGAUCGUCUUAUCCUUCUUGCCCUCCAAUCCACCGUGGCUGUCACCCUUAGUCCAAUCAUCAAUGUAUGCACUACCUCUGCCUCAGCAUGGACUAAGCUUCAAACUAGCUUCGCCAAUUCCUCUACAACCAGGAUGCUCUCUCUUUUAUCCUCCCUGAUGACUACAAAAAAGGCCGGUCGCUCUGUUGCAGAUUACAUGGCCACUAUGCGUACUUUCAUUGAUGAUUUAGCCACCAUCGACCAUCCUCAGAGUACUGGACAGAUUGCCUCGUAUGUUCUUAAUGGAUUAGGCGGUGAAUACAAGGACCUUGUUGGUGCCCUUCGUGUUCAAUCGUCUCCUCCUACAUUUGAGCAACUAAGAGAUUUUCUAAUUGAUGCCGAGAUUCUUGCCGGUGAUCAAAAUCUCAGCCUGGAUAUCCCCAUCUCUGCCCAGUACACUCAAUGUCGUGGUCGCCCUUCUAACCCCCGUGGCCGUGGUCGCUCCCAGGGCUCUCUCCCAUCUCGCCAUCAUCAUGGAUUUGGCUCUGCCUCUGCCUCUACCGGAGACUUCAACAAUCGAUCCUCUUCCUCGGUUAUUUGCCAAUUAUGUGACAAGUCAGGACACUCUGCCAAAAAUUGCUAUAGCCAUUUUCCUCCUGCAGCCAAUGCUACGUCUACCUCCGUUGCCAAUCCAACAACUCCCAAUUGGCUUUUGGAUACUGGUGCCACCCAUCAUAUAACUUCAGAUCUCAACAAUCUUCAAAUUCACUCCGAUUAUAAUGGGCCUGAUUCUGUGAUGUUGGGUGACGGUAAAAGAUCUACUCACGGGGGCAUCCUUGGUCCAAGGCCGGAGUAAAAAUAAUCUCUACGUUUGGCCGAGUCUAUCUCCUCAAGCCAACCUCACCACCUCUCAAUUAUGGCAUCACCGUCUUGGUCAUCCGUCUACUCACAUACAACGUCAACUUUUUCCUCAGCAUCAGUCUUUAGCAUCAUGUGAUUCAUGUAUUCAAGCCAAAAUGCAUAAAUUACCUUUUUCAUAUUCAUCAAUAAAAUGUACCCGUCCAUUUCAGUAUUUGUAUACGGAUGUAUGGGGUCCAUCUCCUGUUACCUCUAUUAAUAAUGAACGAUAUUAUGUUCUGUUUAUUGAUUAUUAUUCAAAAUACACUUGGCUAUUUCCUCUCAAAA